UUAUUAACAUGAAUUUAUUUUUUAUAAUAUACUAUGUAAUUCAUCAUAGAUGAUGAUUCAUUAAUCUUGUAACGUGAGUAUUUAUUUAAGGUCGAUUAAAGUUUAUAAGAAUCUUAGCCUUUCACAAUCUCUAAAACCAAAAAUUAUUUUAUUUAAAACAUGUUUCUAACUUUUUGAUAAUGAGAAAAUAUUUUUUCCCUUUUCGUAAAAUCCAUAUUCCCCUUUUAUUAUACUUAUUUAAUAUUUAAUUUAUGAUCAAUUGUAGAAAAAUAAACAUAUUAAUUAAUUAAUGAUAUUACCGAUAUUAAUCAUUUUAAAUUUUAAUAUUAGAGUUUGAACGCGAAAAAUCAUUUCGCAAAUAAUAGUAUAGAUUAUAAUUUCUGGACUUUUCUAAUAAUAAUUUAAGAGUGUGAAUACUUUAAAUAAAGUAAGACAUAGGGUUAUGAUCACAAACGAUCGUCUGAAGAAUAAUGGACUGACAAGUGUCACGAGUAAUUGACAGUCUCGACACGGCGAAAGAGACAGCCAGAUAGGUACUUUGACAUUGGAACACAUUUUUAUGGACCCGCCGGAUCUCUUAAAUGCAUCUAAGCCGUCCAUCUCAUAACUAAACCAAACUAACAAAUAACAAUAUAACAAAAAGUUUUGUCAGAAUUAAUAAUGUUUACAUCUACUUAACCGUCUCCAAUGGUAGACUGAAUUAUAAAAUGAACAAUUGGAGCAAAUCUAAUUCUAUAAUAAAAUUACUCUUUUUUAGAGUGAAAUAUAGAAUAAAGUUUUGUGUAACCAUUGAAAAUGCUCUUAACCAGCACUUUUUCAUUCACAUAUACUAACAAAAUCUCUAUUUAUCUUAAGUGUUAAUAAAUUCGAAACAUCGAUUCUGAGUGUUACUUGAAUUAGAUAUAAACAUUUUUGUUAGUGUAUUUACUAUUGUGUCGCUAGUUAAAAACAAAUAUCAUAAAGUCUAUUAUUGAUUUUGUAUUAAUGUUAUCACUGUCUAUAUGAAUUUUAGACGAAAAAAGCAAAGAAAAAUAGUAAAUUGUGGGCUCAUCCCACAUUGAUUUCACCUCAUUCUAAGUCUUUUAUUGUUGUUUUCUUUUUUUUUUCUCGCCUCUUUAAAAAUGUAAAAAAUUUAAGAAAAUAAGAGAAUGAUCUCGGAACCUUCAUGGAAAAUCAAACACCAGCUUUGCAUUAGUUACACAAAGACAAAGCAGCUAUAAAUAGUUAGAUACAAUCACGAGAAGGCAAAACAAAAAUAACCAAAACAGAAAAUAACACAAAGCUCACAAGAUUUAAUCAAUGGCAAACAUCUUCCUCAUCGCUAGUGGAUCGAGAAGAACAAGAAGAGCAAUGAAAUCAAAGAACCCUCAAGAAAAGAGAUCAAAUUCCAUUUCAGACAAUAACUUCUCAUGCAAGAAGCACACGAAACAUAGACAGUCUCCUGGAAUCUGUUCCUUAUGUCUAACUGAAAGGCUCUCUAAGAUAUCUCUAGAGUACUACGAGUACACUAAAAACGUAGCUAAGAAGGAAGCAUCUUGCUGCUCAUCAUCUUCUUCUUCUUCCACGUCGGUGUCAUCUUGUUACUCAUCUUCUUCAGUCUCUUCUUGUUCUCCAUUGCAAUAUCGGUACAGAGAGAAGAAGAAGGAUGGGAAGAAACAUAGCUUUGUCUUCAGAUUAUUGCUCGGAUCUAUCGUAGAUUAGUUCUUUGAUUUAUUUAAGCUUUUUAUACAUACUAGUAAUAUAAUUAUUUUUAUGCAUUCAUUCUUGUCUAGUCAAGAAAUGCAGAGAAUCAGCAAAAUUGCACAAGAUUUUUAUACCUACAAAAUUCUCUCCUUUUUUAAAAUAUUGUUGUAAGCUAAUAACGGAAGUGAAAUUCAUUUUUUUUUUUUAAAUGAUACAUCACAAUUCACAAGUCUCUGGUUGUAACCUAUGUCGGUGGUAAUACUGUAUAUGUUUUGUUUAGUCACGACAUUUUUACUUGUUAAAAUUAAAAUUUCACUAGAUUAUAUUAUCCCAAAUUUUUUAUUUUCGUAUGAUUUUUUUUUUCAUUAUUAUCAAAGUGUACAAACUCGAAUCCAAAGCCGGCAGUUUUACGGACAUACAAACACCAAAAAGGAAACACAGCUCUAAAUUAUUAAUCAAAAAAAGAUUUAUUGACUUUGCCACCAAUUUUAAUAGAUUACUUUUAAUAGUGAGUUUAGAAUUUAUAUAUCUCACGUAGAAUGAAUAAAGAUCAACAUAAACUAAUUCUCGAGAUAUAUGUUCAGAAAAAUUUCUCGAGAUAUAUAGAAAGUUGGUUAUUUUUCAAACGUUUACUACUAAACAAAAAAAGAAACCAUAACAAUUUUCGUAGACAGUGUGAUUCAAUUGUGUUUUUGACAUUCGUGACGAAUCUAGGUCUUUGUCCUGUCUACGAAAUUUGAGCCAUUAUAAACAGUUGAGUGAGCCAGGCCUUAUUGGUCAAUAACGCAUCAAUUUAUCUAGAUAUUUGGGUGCCAUCUUAUGAUAAAAUACGUAGGUAACUAGGUAAAUCUCAGGACAACAGUUGAAAAAGACGAAUAAUUCUUUUGCCGUUCCAUUUUUGUAGUGCACAUAUAUGUGAUCUGUAUUAAGAACGUCAACAAAAAAAAGAAUACACAAAGAGAUCCAUGACAUGAUAAGCUGGCGCAUGACUUUUACUCUAGUUGCCAGAAAUAAUGUACGGUAUGAGGACAAAGACGUGUUGUACUUUCAUACCAUAUGAUUCACUUCAUAUUACAUACAGCUGUUCAAAAUUUUAAUUAAGCCGUACCAGUAAUGUUUGUUGCAUGCAAUCAUAAAUAUUUACAGAUAGAUGUGUAUGUGUUCCGCGUCUUGGCACUUAGAAUAUACUAUAUAGACCACCGGUCCCGUGAAACUUCUUUGAACAUUAGUAUAUAUUUUUUAAUUCACCAGCAAUCAUUAAUUCGUUUUAUAGUUAAGCUCAAAUGAAGAACUAUAACCCCCAUAAGACUAUAGUGUCAAUGAUUGACAUUAACAAUCAAGUACGUACAAAUUCAAACAAAAAUAAAUUUGAGCCAACCAAAUACGAUUUUACGGAUAUGCAUAUAUAAUAAGCUAUUUUGAUUUUCUUCAAACAAAUGGAACUCAAAACCGACCUAUACUAGUCUAUUACUAAGACCAGCCUCGUCUAGUCUUGUUUCAGCGUGAUGCGUGAGAUACAUUACUGAUAUGUUUUGAGUUGUUGUUUAAUUCACUUCCUUCAAGAUAUAUCUAUCUUCGACUGAAUGGAGAAAAGAAAAUAUCAUUAACCAUGUGUCGACACAGAUUUCAUGUAAUCCUUUGGUUUUGGUAAGACUAAAGGGUGGUUCUUGGCCUGAGGGCACGUCUGCAUGGAUGUCACAAAUCAUCAUAACAAAAGACUAAAGGCUUGGCCGUGGCUGAAAACUACUCCAAAACUUAGGCGGCGACUCUCAUGCCAAGUAUCAGUCCAUUUACUGGAGGUCUGGAGCUUAAAUUGCAUUGUCGAGGACUAAAAAGAACAAAACAAAGGCUUGUCAAUUUCUAGAAAUGGAUCAUCUCAGAUUUUUUAACACUUUUCACCUUUUAACGAUACAUUGAGCCUUUUUAGGAGAAAUAAAGGAACCACCCUCUUUAAGACAAUGUAUCUCUUCUUCAACUAGUGUAACCUUAUGCCGUGAAACUAGCAAUUUUAUUGAAGACUCCUCUCGUUGUCCUUCGAGUUAUGAUAAAGCUAACCUUGAUUAAUUUGUACUCUCCUUGGUUUUGCGACUUUCAGUAAUCGUUCUCAGAUUCUUGAUGUCUCUUGCUAUUAUGUCUUCUAAGAUGUAGUUCUGCUAUAUAAACUUCCUCUCAUUCCAAAUUUUGUGAAAAUACAACAAAAUCCAUCUUAAUAAUUUUAAAAAUUCCAGAUUCAAAGGAAAAAUAUGUGCAUAUAUGCAUUUGUGCUUAAAGCCGCAUCAUAAAA